UGUGAUUUUGUCAUACCUUGAAGGCAAAGUUGUAAAUUACCCUAAUGAAGAGGGUAGUUGGGGACUUGGGUGUAAAUCGCAAUUGCAAACCAGUAUUUGCGUCAUCUAGCGGUAGCUGUUCCAGUGCGAGCCGCGUCUCACAGGCUGACUGCCAAAGUGCUACACAAAUCAGAAAAGAAACAAAAAACAAAAAUCACCGGUUCUCCGUCGGAACAACUCGCAGAUGGGACAUUCCGGAGCCCAGAAUUCGCCGUUGUUGACAGAUUUCCUCCGCCAGUCCGGCGGCGUCGCCAUCAUUGACGGUGGUCUAGCCACGGAGCUCGAACAGCAUGGCGCUGACCUCAACGAUCCCCUUUGGAGUGCCAAGUGUCUUCUUACUUCUCCACACCUUAUCCGUACGGUGCACCUUGACUAUCUUGAAGCAGGUGCUGAUAUUAUUAUCACGGCAUCUUAUCAGGCCACCAUUCAGGGUUUUGAAGCAAAAGGCUUCUCUAGUGAAGAAAGUGAAGCCUUGCUUAAAAGAAGUGUGGAAAUUGCCUGUGAGGCAAGGGAUAUUUAUUAUGAGAGAUGUCAAGCUGGAGCUUCUGAUGGUAAUAAUGACAAUAGGGUUCUGAAACAGCGCCCCAUUUUAGUUGCAGCUUCUGUUGGCAGCUAUGGAGCAUAUUUGGCUGAUGGAUCCGAGUACAGUGGGAAUUAUGGUGAUGAAGUUACCUUGGAAACCUUGAAAGAUUUUCAUCGCAGAAGGGUUCAGGUAUUGGCAGAAUCAGGUGCUGACCUCAUAGCAUUUGAAACAGUUCCAAAUAAGGUAGAAGCUCAGGUUUAUGCUGAGCUCUUAGAGGAAGAAAACAUAAAGAUUCCUGCAUGGUUCUCCUUUAACUCAAAGGAUGGUAUCAAUGUAGUUAGUGGUGAUUCUUUGGUUGAAUGUGCCUCAAUCGCUGAAUCAUGUGGGAAAGUAGUUGCUGUGGGAAUCAACUGCACACCUCCUAGGUUUAUCCAUGGACUGAUAUUAUCUGUCAAGAAGGUGACCUCCAAACCAAUACUUAUAUAUCCAAACAGUGGGGAGAGCUAUGAUGCUGAUCUAAAAGAGUGGGUGCAAAAUACUGGUGUAUCAGAUGAAGAUUUUGUGUCAUGUAUAAACAAAUGGUGUGAGGUUGGGGCUUCCCUUGUUGGUGGCUGCUGUAGAACAACUCCAAACACUAUCAAAGCUAUAUACAGGACUCUCUCCGAUAGAUCUCCUGCUCUGCCAUUGUAGCGACCUCAGUGAUUUCACAUGGAAGGAGCAGAACAGUUACAAAUCUGAUUAGGCUGUUUAAUGGGCUUGCAUGGUCUUGAUAUUUUUGCCAUCGUUUGUGAUAUGGAGAGAGGGAUCUGGCAGCCUACACUCAAGAAAAGGGUUGAAAUUUUUGUUCUAGCAGAAGAGAUGUCUUACAUGAGCUACUUAGAGGGAAUAUCACUAGGUGUGAGAAUCACGAAUAUGCUGGCAAUAUUAGGAGUAAGGAUUGACAGCGUUUGUUUCUGUUUAUGGCCUUUUGUACUGGAAGGUUGUAUUGCUAAUUAAACAAAGUUCCUCGUAAUAAUUGCUGAAAAAACUAUGUAACUGGAAUGCUCGGUUGGUCUAUUAUUCUUCCAUGAUCGUGCCAA